AGUGGUUUGAUGGGAUAUCAAAGUCCUCCGGCGGCGCGCUGCCGCCAUGUCACCUAGAGAGAAACGAAUAGUUCUUCUCUCUGCUUUAGGCUUAUUUUUGCUAGCUUUUUAUUUUAUUCCAUCCUUUCUUUACGCAACUUUAAUUUUUCUUUUUUGUUGUUUUGCUUGUUACUAUAAGAGCGGAGAGACUCUUUUAAACGCCAGAUUAGGCCCGAAUCCACGGGCUGGGUUGAACCUGCACGCGGGUUUGCGGCGCUGGUUGGCGGACUGGGGAGCGACCGGCUUGUCGGUGAAUUCGCCGGGUGGAACGAGGAUUAGCAGCAACACUGAAGUGGAAAGUCAAUACAGACAAAGGCUCGGUGACACUGGGAUUUACAGAAGGGAAGCUUUGGCGAGUGAUUCGUUUUUCUACAGCCCCCGGGAUUUCCUCAUGGGGAGCUACAUCGGAAAACCAGAGAGUCCCUCCUCCGGUUCUGUGAGGCCGAGAGCCGGGAGAAAUCCUCGAGAGCAACUGCGAGAAAAACUGUCGAGACCCAACCAUGCGGUCUAUACUCCCAACAGAAGGCUCUCAUUCGCCGGAGAGUCUCUGGGAUACACAAGCAGGUUCAACAUUACUCCACAGCGGCACUACCCCCUGCAGCAGCCUGGUCUGUCUUCUGUGGGGGUCCUGCCUCCGGUUAGGUGGGAUGGCUUCAGACAGAAAAACAUCUUGAGCCCCCGUAAUUCCCCUGCUGCCCACAGCCCUGUCACUGUAAAAAUUGCCCGGCCUGACCUCAGCAGUCCCAGAGUGGACCACUUGAGCUGUUCAAGGAUCAACAGGGCCGCUGAAGACCCCUGCUCCAGGGAAAGCGUCCUCAGGGUUCUGAAGGAAAGCCGCAAGAGGGAAGUCGGGGACGAAGACAGGAGCUUCACAACCGAACAGAAAAGUAAAAGAAGGCGUAAUGACAGUGGUGGAAGUGCACACUCUGCUUUUGAACCUCUUCUACCCAACGGAGCUCCAUCUCAGCUUGUCCCCAAGCCUGGGACCCUGAAAAGAGGCAUAACCUCAGUGGCAGAGGAGUCCACCGUAAAGAGGUCUCGCACCUCCUCCAUCAGCUCUGGAACAGGGGCACACGCCUCAAGAGAAAGUUCUGGUACCAGGAGAAAUGCGAUUCAGAGCUCCUACAGCUCCACAGUUGGCCUCAAUCAGUGGAAGAAACCAUCAACGCCCAGUUCUCCUCUUUCCAGUCCUGGAUCAUCUCGCUCUCAGACACCAGAUGUUGCUUUCAAAAAGCCCAGAGAGGAAGACACUCAGUCCCCCAGCUCAGCUUCCUCAGCCAAGUCUGAACAGAUGACGUCUGACAAAGCACCAGCGACUUCAAAACCAACUUUGGCCCCAAAUGUCCCGGUUACUAGCGCAUCAGACUCUGUGGGUGGUGGGGGGAAAAGAAAACGGAAGAUCCAGUUGGUUUCGAGCAACCGGGAUGACCACAUCUCUCUGCCUCCACCACCUGAGCUGGGCUACAAAGUGACUGCAAAAGACCUGGAUGAGGAGAAAGAAGCUGCCAUCUCCAAGAUUCAGAAGGUUCUGGAAACUCCUGCCCCAGAACCAGAAAAGUCAGCAGCUGCUAAGAUUCCAACUUCCACUCCAGCCCCCUCCUCCACAAUCCCCUCCAUCACACCCACUCUAAGCAGCCUUCUGGCAGCUCCUUUACCCAAAACAUCAACAACAACCAUCCCAGUCAUCAACCUAGACCCCAGUCCAAGCAGCAGCAUCAGCACAUCAACAGCAGCAGCAUCUUCAAACCCACUUUUGGAGGCUCUAAAGAUGAAGAUAAACACAACUGCAACGUCCGCAUCUCCAUUAAGUACAACCACAGUGUCUUCAUCAACAACACCCGUACAAACGUUAAACCUAAAGUCUGUAGCUCCAUCACUCCCCACUGCUUCCCAGCCUCAAUCCUCCCCUGCGCCUCUGGGACAGCCCUCUGCCUUCACUCAGGUCCUGGGUCAGAUCUGCAAAGCCCCCACCAGCAGCCCUGCUGCUCCUGUUGCAGGACCAACUUUGUUUGGUUUGUCCAGCCAGAUCAGCCCCCUUUCUGCCCCAUCAACCUCCGCCCCAGUUUCUGCUACACCUGCCCCCAGCAGCAGCAGGAGCAGCUCUGAGUCAGUCAGCAGCAGCAGCAGCAACCCUCUGCUGGUUUCAGGCUUCAAGCCCAUCUUUGCUGCUGCGACCACCACCACCCCAGCUACAUCAUCUUCGGAGAGCAAGCCACCCGUUCCGAAUUUCAAGCCUAUCUUUGGGGAGACCACAGCAGCCCCGGCUUUUGCACCGCCCUCCGCACUCACAACCACGUCAUCUACUUCUACACCCACUGCAGGAAGCACCCCCUCACUAUUUGGUGCAUUAACCAGCAGCUCCACGACUGCACCCUCUGCUUUUUCUGGUUUUAACACGACUGCUGCGAGCGUGGUUUCCGCCUCUGCAACUACAACUCAGCCAGGAACCCCAAUGGCGGCAAAAUCUCUCUUUGGAAGCUGGUCUGCAGCAACCCCAACAAGCAGUGCUUCAGCCUCAGUGCAGCCCCCUAGUACAGGUGGUACGUUCCAGUUUGGAGCUGCUGUCCCCACCACCACCACUGCAGCAGCAUCUACCGGGGCCACCGCUGCCACUACCACAAGCUCCAGCCAGGGCAGCUUCCCAUUUGGUGUCACAAAGCCCAACCCUCAACCUGCCAGCCAGAGCAUUUUUGGUUUUGGUCAGACGGCUCCUAACCUGACCACAACCGCAGCUUCAUUUGGAGGCUUUAGCAUGACCAGCUCCACGUCGACGACUGCUCCCACCUCCACCUCCACCCAGUCCUCUUUCACAUUUGGAAAGCCAGCAUUUGAAGUACCAACAACACAGCCGAGCUUUGGCUCUGCUGCAGCAGCAGCAAAACCAUUCACUUUUGGAAGCAGCGCUUCAAACCCCACACCUGUCUCCAAUAACGCCUUGGGUCCUUUUUCCUUUGGAGCUGCUCCCACCACCACCGCAGCCACGUUUGGGACCCAACCAGCCAAGCCAGCAUUUGGAGCCAGCUCCACUGGUUUCGGUUUUGGGAGCACCACCGCUCCUUCAGCUGCUCCCAGCUUCGGUCCACCGACCCAAACUCAGAGCUCAACUUCAACCACCUUCACCUUUGGAGCUGCUGCCCCUCAGCCCGCCCCAGCGGGACCCUCUCAGCCCGCUUCUGGUGGAUUUAAUUUUGGUACCACAAUGCCUUGCCCCCAGUUUGGAGCCCAAGUUUCCAACAGUCCUGCUCCGCAGAUGGGAGGCUUCAACUUUGGGGCUGCUGCUGCUGCUGACAAACCAGGAUUUGGAACAGCAACUCCGUCAUUUGGCCAAUCUCCUGCUGCGGCUCCCUUUGGAAGUCCAGGAACUCCAGUCCAAGGAUUCAAUCCUGUUCAGUUUGGAUCCCCAGCUACCCCCACCUUCUCCAUAGGAGCUGGAUCCAAGCCUUCAGGAGCUCGGCAGAGGCUUCAGGCACGGAGACAGCACCACAGGAAGAAGUAGCCCGUUCGGCGUGCUCCAAUCCAUCACCCGCCUCAGAGCACUCAGCUCAGCUGCUGCGACUGACCGGGCUAACUUUGCUCCAUUCUAAAUGCAGCAUCCCAAAUCCGACUGCCUCCAUGACCUCUGCAUCCCCCCUCCCUCCUGGUUCCGGGGCGUGUGCUGGCCCCAGAGCGUUGUUUGCAGCCAGAUGAGCUGCCUGGAUCACUGGACGACCAAGUUAGGGAAUGUAGCAGCGAGGAGAAGAAUUCACAGCAGUGAACAGCUGAUUUGGAUACUUGAAGAGUAAAGACGGUUUGGACGAAUCCAAAGUUAGUUUUUUAUUUUUACAGUCCUCUGAUUGUCUCUCUGGGUUGUUUUAAGGAGAAAGUUUACUCGCGCAAAGACACAGAACCUCGGCUCAGACCUUUAUUUUUAUACGUGACACUCACUGGUUUGUAUGUAACAGUAUGAGUCUGAAUAGGGAGAGUACGCAACAGAUUUAGUGUGAUGUUAUGAGACGUUUGCAUUUAAAUUAUUUUUUUAAUUGACUCUUUGACCCUGAAGAUGGAUGUGUUUCUGCAGUUCAAGGGAAACUUAGUAAAAAGUCUUACUGUAGUUCUUUCAGAUGCCUGUUUUGAUUUCAGCUCUCUUUGGAAGCAUUCCCCAGAGUCCUCCUGUGGAUGGCCUAUUUCCUUCCAUGUUUUUGUUUGUUUUUUAAACGGUGAUUGCCAACAAGGAUGCGAGUUGGACGUCAGAUGGACUGGCGGCGUCCAUCUCUACUUGUUCUGACAAACCAAAGCCAACAAUUGGCAGUCAUGCCUGUGAAACCAGUCUGUGAUGUUGAUUUCAUCUUUAUGUAACCGGUUGAACUCCGGUGAAUAAAGAUGAUACUUUGACGCUGAGUUGAUUUCUUUAAUUCUGGUUAACAGAAAAAUCCUUACACUGCUGUACCGGCUUUCCCUCCGUGUUUCCCCACUCAACAACGGCCUUCAGCAUACUUGUCGGCGCCUGGUGCAUAACAGUGGUGGGUUCAAGUACCCUGGGGAAAUAUGCGUAUGUGAGAUUAGUCUACCUCCUUUUAUCCCCAGGCACGCAAAGAAAAGUUAGGUUACAGAAAAAUUACAAAUUUGAGGUUUAACUUUGAACUACUGUUUAGUCAAAAGGUUUGGUAAUAAAUUGAGAUUUUAAAGUGUUUGCACAACACGUUGCCGUCUCCAGAGAUGCCCCCUUGCAGAACAUCACAGAAACAUUGAAUAAUGUAAAAAGACAGACUGCUAGAUUUAAACCUCUUGUUGCUGAGAUGGUGGGUUUGAGUGACGCAAAUGUGUUGUUGAAAUGUUACUAACGUGCAACUCUUUUUUUUUUUUAAUAGUAAAAAUGUCUAAAAUCACCACAUUCAGUGGAAAGUGUUUGGAUGUAAAUAUGAGAUGAAGACACAUUAAACUUUUUGGGCUCA